AUGCGUCUAACCCCGCGCCUCCUCAGCCCCAAAUCCAAGUUAUCCACCACUACCACCACAGUCACCAAAGUCACCCAAUCUUCUCCACCACCGUCAUCAUCAUUUUCAUGGCUCCAAGCCCUCAAAACGAAAGAAUUGCAACAUAUAGCCCAGAAAACCGGCCUGCCCUCGUCUGGGACUAAACCUGUUCUCCUGGGUGCAUUGCAGGAUGGCUUAGCGCGGCAUCGGCGGGAUCAUGAAGUAGUUCAGAUCCCUAAAGAGAAGGGGAAUGGGAAGGGUAAUGAUAAUGGCAAUGGUAAUGGGCUGAGGGUUUUAAGCAUUGACAUGGGGAUCCGGAAUCUGGCAUUUGCGGUUUUGGGGGUGAGUGGAGGGGUUGGAUUUGGGGAUGGGAUGGGGUCUUUUCUUGAUGAAAAGAAGGAGGUGAAAGCUGGUGGAGCGUUGGAGCUCAGCUUGGAUGCGUGGCGGUGGGUAUCACUUCCUCUAGAUCGUGGGUUCUCUGUUGAGGAGUUUGAGAGGUAUCUUGACAGUGCUGCGUCUGUGUCUGCGUCUGCGUCUGGAUCAGAUUCUAGCGACAACCUUGACACGCCAAUUGGUAAAGGCCGGGGCAAGAAACCUCAAACCCAAUCGGAAGAUAAAGCACAUACACAAGCACAAGCACAAACACAAGAAAAGGCAAAAGGAAAAGAAAAAGAAAAAGAAUCUUUCUCCCUCCCAGUCUACGCUACGCACGCACACAGCAUCGUCACCACCCUGCUAGAGCGGUACAGCCCAACGCACAUCCUGAUCGAACGCCAGCGGUUCCGGUCUGGGGGUGGUGCAGCAGUGCAGGAGUGGAGUCUGCGAGUCGGCGUUUUCGAGGGGAUGCUCUGGGCUGUGCUGCAUUCUUUACAACAACAAAAAAGAGCAGCAGCAAGUGGUGAUCAUGGUGUAGUAGGGUUGAGUCCGAAGGUGAUUGCGAUUGAGCCGAGCAGGGUGGGAAGGUUUUGGGUGCCUCCUUCUACUUCAUCAUCAUCAUCAUCAUCUAGCUCCGACGAGAAGAAAAUAAAUGGGAAGAAAAGCACCAGCCGGGAAGGCAAAAAAGUCAAGAUCGACCUCGUUGGGUCCUGGCUUGAGAAUAGCGUUUUCUCAACCCAUGACGGCGAUGGCGUUCAGGGGUGGGUGGACGCGUAUAUGGCAAAGUGGAAAAGGAGUACCGGAUCGAAAUCAAAAUCAAAAUCGACGGCAUCGGGCCCAAAUGCAUUGGAAAUUGGCAAAUUGGAUGAUCUGGCUGAUUGUCUUGUGCAGGGGGUGACUUGGUUAGAGUGGGAGAGGAUGAAGAGUAGGGUCGUUAAAGAUGGGCUUGGGGGCAUUGACAUUCCUCCAUGA